AUGCAGACAAGACCUGAACAGCUGACCAGCAGAAAUAACCUGAUUUCUCCACCCCUACAUUCCAGAGUGAAUGGUUGGUCUCUACCACUCCACCUGUUUGAGUGUGUUGCUUUGCUGCUUUUUAUCUACCUGGCUGCAGUAGGAUUUGGAGUCUACACACCCUUACUGCCACAUGGAUGGAAAUACGCUAAAAACUUGAAUAAAGCUGUUCCAGUCUUUGACAGAAAUAAACAUAAACAUGACAUCCAGAAUCAGCAUUUGCAUCUCUGCAGCCAAAAGCCAAGCGCUUGCAAUAAGUGUGUUUCAGACUUUGAUGACCACUGUAAGUGACUGAAUAACUCUGUGGAAGUCAGAAAUUACUUGGUUGUUCCGAAAACCAGGGACUACAUAACUGACUUGGAAGCGCAAGAAAAGCGAUCUGAUGCAAUUGCUUCUCUUCAG